UUCUAUCUAUGGCAUUUGUUUAUCCCAUAGAAAUAACCAGUUGUAGCAAUGGCCAUAGGGUACCGAGUUCUCCAGCUCCACCCUCACCAGGCAGGCCUCCUUGACACGCACAGCGCGCUCAGCGCGGCGUCCAUCCAGAAUGGCCCGGGCGGUGGUUUCUUAGGAGCCAUGGGUGAUAUCGCCUUCGGUGGGGAAAACGUGCAAGAGGUUUCUGCCCCACUGGCGAGGAGGAGUGUUGACGGCCGAAAGCCAACAGGCGUGGUCAGCCCGAAGGACAUUCCUGAAGAAGAGACGGUCCAGGAGGCUCCGGUCAAGGAUUUACCUCCAAGAUUCAGUCGAAGGUCGACUGGCUGGGUGGGGUGAGCGCGAGCGCCGCGAGGUGCUGAAUUCGACGAUUCACGUUGCGAGAAUUAUACGUGGGGCUUGGUUUAGAUUCACCCC